AUGAGUAUUUCUAAUAAAAGUAUUUAAAAGAAAUCAAUAAGAGGCUCUUAUAAUAAAAUAAGCUAAGAGUUAAAAGCUUAAAUAUUAAUGGAAUUAGAUUUAUAUAAUAAUAUUAAUGAAUUAUCUAAGAAAUACGGUAUUGCUAGAUAAACGAUAACUUCAUUCAAAAAAGCUAAAGAACACAUAUAUGAUUAAUUCAAAAAUGCAAUAACACAUCUUAUUCAUGAAUUAAUCAAUAUUCGUUUUCAUAGCUAUGAGAAUUUAUCAAAGCAGGCCGUAUUAAAAGAUAUUAAAUUUUUCAUCAAAAAUUAACAAUAUUUUGAAUUUUCUGAAAAAAAUCCGUUAAAAAAAUUGAUUCCAGAAACGAAGAUAUUCUCUUAGAAAAAGAGAAUAAUUUAAUUUGUUCUUGAUGAUGCUUUUUCUUAUUACGAUAAGAAAAUGUAUUAAAAAAGUGCUGGUAUUGUUGAAUUAGAAAUUACAUAAGAAGCUUCUGAAUAAUCUUCAACUAUUGAUCAACCUAAGAUAUAGGAAGAUAUUUAUAUUGAUGAAUAAUCUUCAAAACUCGAAAAUUUAUUGCCAACUUGGCUUUUAAAUUAUGAUGAUGAUUCCUUCAUUUUUCAGAGGAAUGAUACAUUCUUAGAUUCAAAUUUUGUCUUGAUGUGA